CAAUGCUGAAAUUUCUAACAAGAUGGCGGAUUUUUGUGCCAUGAAACUACAAGCCACAAAAUAGAAGGAAUUCUUCUCUGUGAACUAGCCGAGUCUCCAUCUCCAUUCUGUGACAAUAACUGUGUGUUGGCGCUUGGCGGGUUAUUGAUGACUGAAAAAUAGAAUUGACAAUUUUAACCUAAUCUUAAUUCAAUUGUUAUAUUACCUUGAAUAAUAAUUUGUUUAAUCCUGACGGUUAAAGUUAGUAUUGUCCCCAAAUCAAUAAUGACAUUUUUGUUACUGUAUUCUGGAGUGCUUUAUCUGUUUAGGAAUUCUUCGUAACAGCUCGUGCUAACCUAGAAAUGGAUUUGCAACAAUAAUCUUGAUUAUUCAACUUGGUUCCUAAAAAAAAAAAAUGGUUUACACUUGCUCUGCAUGGAACUGCAAAAACAUGGUCAAGAGAGGAUCUGGAUUUUCCGGUCAUAGAUAUCCCAAGAAGGAUCCUGUACUAAGAGAACGUUGGCUAGCGGCAGCUAGAAGGCAGGAAUCUGACAUUGGUGAUGCAUCGAUCCUCUGCAGUGCACAUUUCACUAAAGAUGCAUUUGAAGAGGGCGGACUAAUGCGAAAGCUGAAAUUGGGCGCAGUUCCCACUUUGUUCGAUCCCAAUACGGGCAUCGACAAAACAUUGAAGAAUCCAUGUGGAAAUAAAACUCCUACUAUUAAAAUCGUGGCUUCUAUUAAACAAGACGAUAAACUAGCAGAUCAUAAAGUGAUUGAUCAUUCUAGUCCAAAUUCAAGCUCAAAAAUACUACGGCAGGAACUUAUAAAAGAUACAACAGCAUCAAAAACGCAGGAUCCUGCUUCCAUUAAAGAAGACAAUAAUGAUUCAGAUGUUGAAGUAAUUGGUACCAUCGAUCGUUCUAGAGAUGUUGAGGUGAUUGAGGUCAUUGACCACUCAUCACAAAAUACAAGCCAGUCUACUACUAAAUCAUCAAAUUCGCAGAAACCAAAAGUUAAGAGUAGCGGCCCAAAGGAGACAGUUUUGUCUGGCAAGACGAAAUCAAAAAAUACGAGCAUGAAUCGUGAGCUAGACGUGAAUCGAAUCAAGCAGAAGAAAAAUGAACUGAAGGAGAAAAUGGCAAUUUUACAGAAAAUGAUGGCCGAUGCCCUGAAACACUCCAAUGAACUUGACCAGCAGUUGAUGGAGAUUGAUGAACCUGUGCAGCCGGCGGAGAGUGGAAAUGAAACAAAAAUUGCUGAAGUCUCUCCAGUAAAAGACGAAGAGGAAAUGGAGAAGAAAAAGGAUGAAAGGAUGAGCGAAGAAGAGGAUGUGACCAAUAGUCAACUCGUUGAAGAUCAAGGUCAACAAGGACAGGACGAUGAGGUGGAGGAGGAGGAGGAAGUAGAUGAACCAGAUGAGGGGAUUCGCAGCGAAUGGCUGAAGGAAGGAAUGGUGAUUCUCGUUGAUGAAGGCCUUGAAAACGAAGAGGACUCUGAUUACCACGAACCUAGUGCGACCGACGAUCCUUUCGAGGAUGAUGAUAAUGAUGACGAUGAUAAUGAUGAGGAUGACGACGAUGAUGAUGAUAGUGACGCCUCCUUGUCCUCUUCUUCCUCCCUCUCUGAUUGUGAGGAUGGUACGGAGAGGAAAAAGAAACAAACAACCAAGACGAAGAAUGAUGAUGAUUUGACUUCAAGUGCGGCUGCUAAUGGUAUAGCAGCUGCGAUCAAGAAGAAUUUGAAGAAUAAGAGUAAAAUGUCGCAUAAAUGUAAAUAUUGCGAGUUGAAGUUCUAUCGCUUGAAAGAUUUUGUCCAGCAUGUACUAUCGCACGACGAGGAAAGGCCGUUCCAGUGUGAGGAGUGUAACAAACGGUUCCUAGUGGAGCCUGAACUGCUAGUCCACAAGUGGGCGCAUACUAGAGACAAGAAGGAGGGGGAGAUGUUUCGUUGUGAGCCUUGCGAUCGCCUCUUCUCAAGUAGGCAGGCUCUGAUGGCCCAUUCCAGGACUCACGAAAAGGAGAACGAAAUAGAGAGUUCGAGUUUGGAGUGUGACAAGUGCGGCAAGAGUUUCAGCACCAAAGCGAGACUGACCGGCCACCGACAGCGCAUGCACCCAGCAGACGACCGCGCCGUCUACUGUGACGUCUGCAAUCGCAGAUUCGGCCGGGCCAGGGACCUCGAACAGCAUAAGUUAUCACACAGCGACUCGAAACCGUUCAUUUGCGAGGAAUGCGGAAAAGGCGCAAAAAGCGAGUGGGCGCUGACGGUACACGUGAACCGCACCCACCGCGAGGGCAGAAUCAAGUGCAAGCUGUGCGACAAGCGCUUCUAUUACUCCCGCGACUUGUACAACCAUGCAUUGACGCACGCACCUGUGGCGACCCACAAGUGCGACAAGUGCCACCUGUCCUUCAAGUACAAGAACAACCUUUUGCGUCACAUCGAGGUGGCCCACCUACGUAUACGUAGCUUCCAGUGCGGCAUCUGCAGCAAAGCAUUCACCACCAAACUCACGUUGCAGAAUCACACACGGACACAUACCGGCGAGCGACCCUACCAGUGCGAAGUUUGCGGCAAACGCUUCUUUUCACGCAGCCAAUGCGUUAACCACGCCCGCGGGCAUAACCCCGAAAAAUACUUUAUAUUCCGGUGUCAAGUUUGCGGCAAACGUUACUCGCAGAAAAAUCUGCUAACUAUUCACCUACUCCGUGAACAUGAAGGUUUUUGUGGGUUUUGUCACAAGUUGUUUGACAGUGUCGACGAGUUCACCAAACAUAUGGGUGAGAUGCAUGCCAACGUUGAAAAGAUUGAGUGUGAUAUGUGUGGGAAAUGGUUUGACGAUGUGGAGCUGUACAAAAACCACAGGGAGACUCAUUCCAAAAAGGAGAAGAAUACCAAGUGUGAAGUGUGUGCCAAACUGUUCCAAAGUCCGGCACAUCUGAAGAUACACAUGGCGAAUCACUCGGAGAAGAGACCAUACAAGUGCAUGUACUGUGACAAAACGUUCAAACGUCACAGCUACAAACGGUCUCACGAGAUGACCGUACACUCAAAACGGCGGCCUUUCAAGUGCGACAUGUGCGGAGCUCUGUUUGCGGUCAAGGCCAACCUGCAGAGACACGUGUCGGACGUGCACCAAGGUGUAAAGCAGUUCGUGUGCGAGGUGUGCGGACGCGAGUUCGCACAGAAGAACUCUCUGAAGACGCACAUGCGCACACACACGGGCGAGAAGCCGUUCCACUGUGAGUACUGUGAAGCGCGCUACAGCGAGAGGCGCGGCUUGAGGAAGCAUAUAGCCACUCAACACAGCCAGCAACUGGAGGCUGUACAAGAACAACCUGAAGAAGAAGAAGAAGAGGAUACAAAAGCAUCACAUUUUCUAGGAGUGCAAAUUGUUAGAGUAGUUGAUCUUGGACAUCAAACUUCAAUGCAAUAGCAGUGCUACAAAAAGGUGUUGUAAAAUUGGUUGUUGGUAAAUUGAGGUAUCAAAGUGAAGGAAUAAAAUAAGUUGUAGGGUUAGUUGAAUUUGGAGGAAGAGAGAAGUUGUUGGAGGGGUAGUAGAAUUUGGAGGAGAAGAAGCUGUUGGAGGGAUAGUAGAAUUUGGAGAAGUUGGAGGGAUAGUAGUGUUUGGAAAAGUUGUUGGAGGGGUAGAGGAAUUUGGAAGAGAAGCUGUUGGAGGAGUAGUAGAGUUUGGAAGGGGAGAAGUUGUUGGAAGGGUAGUAGAAUUUGGAGGAGAAGAAGAAGUUGUUGGUGGGGUAGUAGAAUUUGGAGGAAGAAGUUUUUUUUGGGGGGGGGGUGAAUUUGGAGAAGAAGUUGUUGGAGGAGUAGUACGGUUUGGGGGGAGAAGUUGAUAUGUUGUAUAGUUUGAAGGGUUUGACACUUUGAAGAAUUGAGUAGAGUUUGAGACUUUAUUAGGGAAGAAAUUGUGAUGUAAAAGGGGAAUCACCAGAUGAUUGGAUGCUAGAAAAGAAGUUGGAGGAGUACUGCUUGGAUAAGUUUUUUCCAUUUUUAAUGAAGUAGUUGAAAGAACAUGUAGGUUUUAUAAAAAAAAUCCGUGCAGGAUUUUUAGUCAUCUAGGAAAUAAAGUUCGAAUUUUACCAUCUGAAGGGAAACAGUCUCUCUCGAGGGUGUUAAUUUUAGGAAAGAGUUUUACUCUAGACCCUUAUGCCAUAAGUUGCCUGCUUUAAUAAUCGCGGAAUUAGGUAUUAGUUAUUAUUGUAUUACGCACUGUAAUAGGUCAAGUCGAUAUUAAUUUUUGUAUAUUUGUGAAUAUUUUUGUAAUGAUCAGUAUUUAUAAGCUCUAGUUUUUAGGAAUACGUUUAAUUUAGCACGUUCUUGUUAUUCGAUCAGUGUAGUUUCUAUUAUAAAAUCUACAAUUCACUUGUUUCGCUUUUAAUUGUCAAAUACUCUCCCAUUUUAACGUGUCGUUUUUACAUAUUUAGUUCCUCUUUCAAAGCCGUCUUAGGCUGGUCACCAACGGUAGAACAUGCAUGUCAUGUUUAAAUAAUAUACACAUAAACAUGUUCAUCAUUAACGAGAGGCCUCUAACAUGAAUUAAACAACCAAUGAUACUAAAUAAACGACUGGAAAAUUGGAAUUAUAAUGAUAGAAUACUUAUUUAUGUAUUAAGUGCGUAAAACGUGACUUUAUCGCUUGAGUCAAAACAGUUACCAUGUGACGCGUCGCGAGCGUGGAAAUUUUGACGUGAUCGACAAAGAAGCUUUCUGCUGGAAUUACUUACAAAAAUUUUUCUACAACUGCAGUAUUGGAUUCCAAUACAAUAAACAGUUUUUUUUAAUAAU